UCAAAAAUCAAAGUUGUCAAUAUUGUUAUCAACUAUCAAGUUGUCAGUUGUCGGGUGAAUUUUGAUUUCAUUGAACUUUUGUUGAAGCGUAUUCACGUAAAUAAAGAAUUAAGAAAUUAAUUAAAAUGUGUCUAACUAUAUAAAGUUCAAUAUCAAUGAUAUUGUUGUGCAUUGUAGCUUUGUUUUGUGAUCUUGUAGGCGAUAAAUUUUUACCAAAAUAUUUUAUGUGUUUGGGAUCCAUUUGUGCUAUUAAAAUUAAUAAUAGUAGAUUUCGAUAAGCUUGACUACAGUGUAUAGUUAAUAAUGGCAGAAAUAUCCUGGCCGUGGCAGUAUAAUUUUCCUCCUUUUUUCACAAUUCAAAUGCAUACAGAGACAAGAUCUAAACAGUUAGCUGCCUGGCAGGAGUUGAUAAUUGAAUACUUGAAAGCAACAAAAAAGUCAACUAUUGACAUUAGAGAGUCACAAAACAGCCCAUUAUUCAAUAAUUCAGCAAUCAAUCGAAGAUUGUCUCAAGAGGCGGUGUUGACUGUGUUGGAAGAGAUGGCUAAGUGUGGAAAAGCAGCUCCAAUAGAUAAAAGUAAAACAGUUUGGGAAAUCUACUGGCACUCACUGGAUGAGUGGGGUAACAUGAUAUACAACUGGGCAAGUGCUAAUGGAAUGAAUAACUCAGUGUGUACUUUGUUUGAAUUGAGGGAAGGGGACCAUUCUGAAGGUGAAGAGUUCCAUGGCCUGGACAUGAAUAUACUAAUCAAAGCUUUAAAAGCAUUAGAAGUGAAAGGCAAAUGUGAAUUAAUAGAGUUUGAUGACAAUCAAGGUGUUAAGUUCUUCUAAAACAUUGUGAUGUUACAUACUAUUAUGUAUAUUUGAAAAGCAUUAGUGAAAUAAUUUUACAUCAUGUUUAUAGAGCUUGAGUCAUGAAUGAUGUCAGUUAUAUUGUAAAAAGAGCCAAUUUAUCAAGUCAAUGGCAACCUUAUAAAUAAUGUAGUUUAGGUGACUGUACCAUGGCAUAUUGCAGUUCCUAAUCAAGAUAGGGCUUUCAGUGAAGAUUAUCAUUAUGUACACUGUUUUAUGAAAACACAUAAACCUCAUGCUUAAAUGGGCUAAACACGUCUUAAAAUCAUAUAAACAAAAAUUUCUUAGUAGCAACUUGCUUGUAACAUAUUAAUUUAAUUGGAUCAAACAUUCAUAAGUCUAGUUUGUGUUUUGUAUUAGUUUUGGUCAUUUGAAUAACAAGUUGUUAAAGUAAUUAGAGAUAUAAAAGUUUCUUGAGUAUUCAUUUGCUGUUUUGGCAUGUUGGCUUUUUAAAUUAAGAUAAAAGAUCCCUGGUGUGAGAUGUUAGAGUUAAUUUUUUUUAUAUUACAGAUAGAACAUUCAAUUUCUUGCCUCUGUGUGGUGAUGUGUUGCUGUUUAAAAAUAGAAUUCUUACUAUCACAAAGAGACAUCAGUACAAUUGUCAUGCUAUCACUUACAAAUGUCUGUAAUCUCUAAUGCAUGUCUGUAAUCUCUUAUGCAAGUGCAAGAUUUAUUUGAAGUGUAAUGUGUUAUUUUGAAACAUGGUAGUUGGGUGACAUGUAUUGUGCGGUGAAAUGGAUUGACACUUUUUGAUUUACUAAAUUAGACAGAUGUAAUAUAUUUUAUUUGAUUAUUAAUAUAUUUAUUUAGUCAGUGUAUUACCAUACAACAUCAGGUGACAUAAACACUCAAUAAUGAGAUUAUGACAAAGUAAAAACUGUACAUUGUAUUUUUUUUUAAAGAAUACCAACUGGGUCUUCUGCAAAUUGUACCAAAUUCUAUAAAAUUAUCUUAUUAUAAAAAAUUUAAUAUUUACAAGAGUUUGUGAUAAUAUAUAGGCUAUAUAUUGUCACACUAGAUGCAGAUAAUAUUUUUGAUGCUUAAAUACAUAAUAAGCAUCAAAAUAUAUGUACACGCGGACGACAUUACAGGCAGCACCUAGUUUGCCUCUAUAAUAGAAUAUCAUUCUCAUGAAUUCUAUCCAGCCUCUAAAGAUAUUUUGACUGAAAUACUGUAUACAGAAAGCCAUAAGAUGAACAGGAUGCAAACUUGAAUUAUACCACUUGUAUUAUGAAUCCAAUGUCAUGAAGACCAUAGAACUUGCAAGGUUGUGUUGUUGGGACAUGUUGCAGAAACGAAGAGUAGGGAUUAUCACUGAGGCUCUUAGAAGACAACCCACCCAUGGAGGUUGGCGCGACGUCACAAGAUCAAAAUUCGUUUGCUAGAUGUCAUUGACACAUAAUGGAACUGAGCAUGAUAUUUUUAUAGCCUUCGGUAUAAUUAGAUGGUGAAACAACAGAGCCUCUUGCUGCUAGACAAACAAUGAAAACAGAUAAGGCUUAUUACUUUAGUUUGUGUGUGACAAGCUACAUCUUACACUCUCGAUUUGUGUGUCACUUUGUGUUAGUGUGUGUGCUCAAAAUAGAGAUUGCUCACAACCUUAAUUUUUUUCGUAUAUUAUCUUUCACUUUCAAGUCUAUCUAAACAUAUAAAUGAUGUAAGUAUAUGGAUCCCAUACUGGAGGUUCUUAUUUGCCCAUGCCAAUGUCCAAUGGGGUGUGUUAGCACACUGAUGGAAUAUGAAAGAUAAUAUUGUUCAAAUUAUCAUCAAAUUAUAUUGUCAUUAUAUUGCCUAAUUAAUAUCAUAAUGAUGAUAGCAUUAUUUGUGUCUAUUGGUCUGCAUAGAGUUAUUUUGCUUACAUAUUAAAUUUUGUAAUAGACUUGUUUUUCCAUCGAACUGUUAAUAUCUGAGAUUAGAUAAAAAAUAUAUUGUAUGUUUAAUUUGUGAUACAUUUAGAUUUAAUAAAUGUUUAUAAAAAUUAAUAAAUAA